GUGAGAAUCACCUGAGCUGGGCAAACACCGAUGCUGAUGAGCACCAGGCUAUAAAGGGCAGCUCCUCUCUUCUCCCUCUCCCAGCGAUCCACGACAAGCCGUUAUUCCUCCGCAUCUCCAGAUAACAGGUGGCAUCUUCUGUCCCCAAGGGACCUCGUGUGACCCCCCUGAGUCUUUACAGGGAUCAAGGAGGAUGAUGGCAGCAGCCAGACUCGCCCUCCUGCUGCUGGGCUGCAUGGGGCUCCUGCAGCCAGCCGCUGGCAGGUAUAUAAGCUACUGCCCUAACGGCUGGUCCUACUACAAGCUCAACUGCUUCAAGUACUUCCCUGAUGUCCGGACCUGGGACGAGGCUGAGAGCCAGUGCCAGGCCAUCCAGGACGGUGCCCACCUGGCCUGGGUGGAGGACCAGCGUGAGGCCAUCACCCUGAAGAAAGCCAUCUCCUACUACCAGCGCGUGCAGCCCGUCUGGCUCGGGCUCCACUACAGUGAAGAGAGCCAGGACUGGAAGUGGACAGGUGGGGACAAGUACAGCACUGCCAGUGGGCUGUCCGGGAAUGGUGCCAGUCCGGGGAAAUGCGCCAUGUUGACCCACCAGAGCAGCUUCAGUCUGUGGUCCAGCGCCAACUGCACUCAGAAGCAUCACUACAUCUGCAAGUUCACCCCCUUGCACUGAGCACAGCCUCUGGCCCGUGGGGGACCCCAUGCCAGUGAUGUUCCUCCUGUGCCACCUCUGCUCCUCUCCGCACAAUUCCUAAAAAUACAUCUAUAAAAA